UUUUCGAUGAAGACUUUGUCUUCGAAGAAAGUCCCCAGAUGAUUGCCAAGCGUACCAUUGAAAUUUUGAUCUACGAUUUUGAUGCCUACUCCCGCCAUGUGUGCAUUGGUGGCGCCCAAAUACCAUUGUCAAAUUUAGAUUUAACCAAGAAAGAGAAAUUCUGGACACCGCUGGGAGCCUGUGCUGAGCAGGAUAUGAAAGUUGAUUUGGGUGAUGUCAUGAUCAGCUUGGCCUAUUUACCCUCAGCUGAACGUCUAACAGUGGUUAUUAUUAAGGCGCGAAAUUUACGUAUUGUGGAUGAUUCGCGUAACUCAUCGGAUCCCUAUAUUAAAGUUGUCCUAAUGAUACCCGGCAAAAAGAAUAAAAAACGUAAGACGGGAGUUUUGCGCAACACCACAAAUCCGGUAUAUAAUGAGGCACUGACCUUCGAUGUUGGCAAGGAGGCUUUAAAGAAUGCCACAAUUGAAUUGACGGUCGUACAUGAUGGGCUAUUGGGUUCCAAUGAAAUUUUGGGUCGUGCCAUAUUGGGCAGUGGCCCCGAUGUACGUCCUGAUGAGAAACUUUUCUUUGAGGAAAUGUUCCGUUCGAAAAAUGCCACAGCACAAUGGGUGCCACUGCAGGAUGUUAACACAACACGUUCGAAUUAA